GCUUUAGCUCCCCUUCACACAGAGCAGUGCGAGCCGCUGGUUAACACACACACACACACAUACACACGUCCACACACGUGCACGCACGACCGUAGACACACACACAGCUUGCUUGUGCCUGCAGCAGAGCAACUUUCUGCGCCUGGAGCUUCUCUGACAUACGAACCGGCUUAAACACACAUACGUGCGCGCUCGUGUGCGCUCAGACGCACAGCUGGGGCUGCGGAGUGUCACAGCGCAGACGAGAGGGAGAGAGAGAGGAGCGAGAGAAAGCAUCUAAAUGGCCAACAUUGUGACGUCGUUUUGCUGUGUGGUGCUUGCAGCUGUGGUAGUGGUGUAUGCCCAGCGACGCAGCCAGCAAGGAGCCCGGAUCCAGUAUGCGCGGAUCGGCAACGACGUGACCAUGCAGUGCGGCUCCCUGGACAACGAUGCCUCAGUCACGUGGAAGGUGAAUGGGACGGACGUGAAGGCGCAGCGGCGAGAGAAGGGCCCGCAGCUCACCCUCAUGGAGGUGGACAUGAGCAGCAAUGGCCUGUACAGUUGCUUCCAGAACCAAAACCCAGAUGGGCAACGGCGCGACCAGAUCACGCUCCGUGUUGGCUUGCCUCCAAAGGAACCCCAGGUGACAUGCCGCUCAAACACCUACCCCAAGGGCUUCUAUUGCAGCUGGCACCUCCAGUAUCCCACUUACAUCCCCACGGAAUUCGACGUUGACGUCCAACACAACCAGAAGUCCCUGGAGGUGAAGAGGGAUGAGAUCCAUAAGAACCGGUGCCAUGUGAAGUUUCCAGAACUGUUCUCGAGUUUUUCUUACCGGGUCAAUGUCACAGCGAUCAACGCACUGGGAAGAGCAUCCACAGCCACCAGCUACGAGGAGUCAUCCAUGGUGAAACCGGACCCCCCUGAGAAGGUGGUAGCGAGGCCGAUUCCCAACCACGUACGCCGCCUGGAGGUGACCUGGAGCAGCCCGUCCACGUGGCCUGAUAUUGAGUCCUUCCCCCUGAAGUACUUCUUGCGCUACCGGCCGCUAAUCAGAGACCAGUGGCAACAUGUGGAGCUCUCAGACAGCACCUCUCACACCAUCACAGAUGCCUACGUAGGGAAGGAGUACAUCAUCCAGCUGGCCGCCAAGGACAUGGAGAUCGGCACAUGGAGCGACUGGAGCGUUGCUGUGCAUGCCACACCCUGGACAGAGGAGCCCAAACCUAUGACCACCACGGAGGUGAACGUCCUCGUAGAGACCACACCCUCUUCUGCCCCACCCUCAGCCAAGCCAAGGGUGGGUGGUGCCAUGGGUGGUUGCUCCGCCCUACUCUGCUCAUCCCAUGUCCUCCUGGCAUGCAUCCUGCUGUCCAUCAUGUGAUGUUUAUGAUUCAUUCCUGUGGAAAGUCUUCUAGUUCUAUUUUGCACAUGUUAAUGGAUAUCGUGCAUUGAUAAUUUAAUUCAAGUUUUUUUCACAAAAACAAAGAAAAAACAAGAAGAUUAAUGAUGAUGACAUUUACAAAAGGAAGGGAAGAAAGAAAUGAAAUGCAGCUAUGGCAGUGCACCUGGAGCACAGACACGGGACAGUGAACCCCAGGGAAGCAAAACAUAUGGGGACACACGACUCAGAAGGCAUCUAUCUCGCCGCAGCACAUCGGCGAACUGACUGUCCUCCACCCCUUUGAAGUAGUUUUUUUGUUUGUUUGUUUAUUUGAGGGAGGGGUUUGUUUUGUUUUUUAUGAAUGAAUCCAAGCUUUUUUAUCGUUCCCACACACUGGAGAUGGUUGGAUGCGCUCACCUUGUGGGUCAUUCAUUUCAGCAACAUACAGCUAACUCAUCAUGCCAAAGACUCUGAGAGUUUUCCUUCCCAUGAUCCCUUGCCUCCCUGAGCGUGUCUGUGCAAGGGACCGAAAGCUGCAGUGCAAAAAUGUCCAUCCAGCAAACAGGAACUUCAAAGACUGAGGACUAACUUACAAUGAAGGUCAUCAUUUGAUUAUGCUUUUUUCACCAUUUACUUUUUAUUUUAUUUUAUUUUCUCUUGUAUUUGACCCUUGAUAUCAAGAGACUAAAAUACACACACAGAGACACACAUAAACAGACGGUUUAACUCCAUGGUAGUGUACUGGACUGCAUUUUUAAAUGGAAAACCAAGUUGGGAAAAACAAAAGGUGUAUUAAACUGUUCAUUAUGCUUAAGUUCUGCAUAGAACCACUUUUAUCACAUUUCAAAAUCAUUUGCCUUUCAACACCUUUAAUAGCCAAUGUCACAAUUUAAUGUUACUUUAUUCAAGGAAUAUUGUUCCUUGUGAUUUACAUAUUGUGAUUUAUGUUUUUAUUUGUUUAUUAAACAAAUUAUACAUAUAGCAUUUUAGUUUCUUUUUCUCAAACAUUCACAAUUGCUUAAUUCUCCAUGAUCAUAUUUUGUAAACUACAAUAUGUAUCUUUAACAUGAAAAAAAAAAACUUUAUUAUUUAAUAAUGUAUGUAUUAGCUUUAGAUUCUUGUAACCUGUAUCUGGGUUCUUUUUAUAGAUGUAUAUAAAACAAGAGGUUGUUCAUUAAAUGUGACCAUUUCACAAUGAGUUGG